GCUGACCCCGCCGGCAUGGUGGCCCCGGCGCUGCUGGCGCUGGCCCUGGGCGCCCUGGGUGUCGUGGCAGUUCCAGUGCCCCCCGAGGGUCCCCUCGUGUCCCUGUCAGCCUCAGACGCGGUGGUGAGGAUGCCGUUCAAGGUCACCUGCAGCAUCAGCCGCGCCGUCCCCGCCACCAACGUCACCAUCACCGCCAACAACCGCAGCUGGCCGGUGACACUGAGCCAGGACGGCCACCAGGCCACCGCCGAGGUCACCGUCACCGAGAGGAGCAGCGUCCAGCUGGGCUGCACCAUCCACGCGGGCAGCAGGAAGCUCCAGACCAACACCACCAUCCAGGUCUUCUAUGUCCCCGUGCCGCUGCUGAAUGUCACCAACACCGCCAAGGCUGGCACUGAGCUGAGGGGACAAUGCUCGCUGCCACCUGGAGCCGUCAGUGACAUCCAGGUGAAGGUGGCGGCCACCGGCCACGGUGUCCUGGUGGAUUUUAAAAAGCCCCCGGUGACCUUCAGCCUGCCGGUGCGAGAGGAGGAUGCAGGGGGGCGGCUGGUGGUGACCUGUGAGGCCAAGAUGCACCCGGACCCGUUGAGGACCAAAUCCCAACAGAUCCACGUGCUGGUCAAACCUCGGCUGGACAUGGGGCUCUGCCCCCCGCAGCAGAACUGGACGGAGGGGCAGGACGGGAUCCUGAACUGCAGCGCCAAGGGCACACCUGAGCCGCAGGUGAGCUGUUCCAAGGAUGGGAAUAUCCUCACCCCUGGAAUAUCCCAUCCCAUCAACCGCGCCCACGCCGGGACCUACCUGUGCCGGGCCACCAACGAUCUGGGGACGGCCGAGCGCAACGUCACCGUCUGGGUGCAGUAUGACGCCUCGGUCCCGCUGCUCCCGGUGCUCCUGGGGACGCUGCUGCCGCUGGUCGUCGUCAUCCUGAGCCUGGUCGCGGGCUACCUCCUCUACGGCCAGGGCAAGAAGGGCGAGUACCGGCUCUGGAAGCGGCACCGGCGGCCGGACGCGCAGCCCCUGCGGCCCCUGGGCGACUCCGCGGCCGCUCCCAACGGAUCCGCGGCCCCGUAG